AUGUCUCUUCGCGUCAAUCUCGAUAAGCCAUACGGCCAACGGAUGUUCGAAGCGCACCGUUACGACGCCUACAAAGAGCUGGAGAAUAUUAGCGUCGAGCUUGGUGAGCAGCAAGACUCCUACGAAGUCCUCGCAGAUAGACUGUCCAAGUGCUGCGCCGACAUUGACAAGAUCGAGGAAAGAGCCAAGUUGGAAAAGGAGAAUGGGCAAGCCGAUGUCUCGUCCUGCUUUCACAAGCGCUGCGAGCUCCUCAAGCUGCUCAUCAACGCCGUUAGCAUAAUUCUGCGCCUGACUCCAGUUAUGAAAUCCCGUGCAGAGUUGAUGACCGGUGCGCUUAGCUCCCAGGUUGGUCGACUCACUCUACAAGCGCAUACCGAUCGCAGUGACCUGGCUGCUCGCCAUAUGGACAACGAAUGCUUCAUGUUGAACCUUUCUUGGAAUUCUCUUAGUGGUGAGCAGUCUUCGAAAAUUCAAAGGAGUCAGCAGGUACUUGCUGAGAAUUGGCAUAAGCUUAACAUGCCUGUCGAAGGUUGCGACUGCCUUCAGUGUACCAAGCGACUCCAUCUGGAGCAGAAUUAA